UUUCACAGUGAAAGACACUCCCGGGAGCAACGUAUUCCUGCAAACAGUUGCAAAGACGAAGUAUUACCAUCUAUUGCCACGCAUACUUAUGCUUGCAGUCCAUCCCUUGUAAAAAGAGUUGUGUGGAAAGAUGUUUCAGGAUCAUCAUUUGUCUCAAAUGCUUCACAGUCUGUUCCUUCUACAAAAAGUCAGUGCAUUUCUUCAGCCCGCAACGUGUUUGCAGGUAAGCAAACAGCCGUGUGGUCAGCAGUGAACAGUGAGCUGAAAAAUCGUCAAAAAAUAGCUAAGAUCCGACCUACUCCGCAAGUGUCCGUCUCGAAAAAUUCAGUUCCGGUUUCAUCUGUAAAUUCCUUACAGAAUAGAUCAUUUCGUACUAUGACCGAACGUAACCAUUUUGGUUUAUCAAAAGUUUUCUCCUCACAACCAUCAUCUUCAUCAGAAGGCACCAUUUGUUCACAACAACAAAGCCCUCAAGCUACCCCUGUCUGUAGUGCCAGUGCUUCUGAGAAUUCAGCUUGUGAUUAUUCCCAUUUGUCAGAAUGUCUUGAUUAUUCGAAAAAAUCAGAUACCAGCACUGUACUUGGAUCUUCGAAUCAGAAUCAAAGUAGCAAGGAUGAUGAUGAUGUUAGUGUUGCGGGAACAGUUUUUAAUGAACCGUGGGAUUCAAAUGUUUGGGAAAAUUUACUGGAUUUAGCGCAUUACGGUGAUGAAAAGCCUGCAGCUCUUACAAAGCUUCAUGAUGGCAAUCAAAUUGUGCUAAGCGAAGCAAUAGCUGAAGAAGGUGAUGAAGAACUAAUCUGUUCUCAAGAAAUUAAUUUCAUUAGUGAUAAACGAAGAUCUCACCCUAGCGUAAAUGUUGACGUUAAUGGAGGUAAUGAUGAUUACGGAAUAGUGAUGCGUAGAUUUGAUAAUCAUCGUGUAAUGGAUGGAGUAGAAUCAGAUGGUCGUCGUAAUGGCAUUGUAAACAUAACUGCAAAUUUUAAAAAUGAAGAUCACUGCUGCAAGCAACAGCAUCUAGAAGCUAUCAGCAAAUCAAGCAUGAGUGAUAGUGUUGAUCAGGAAGCAUCGAAUUCCGUUAUGAAUAUUAGUAAUGCAGAGGAGAUAUCAAACGGUACAGCUACUAUGGAUAGUCAGAAAUCAACAAAUACACAUUCAUUGCCGCGGAUUUUGCCACGGCACUCGAAGCUCGACGAUUCAUGGUUUGACUCUCUAGAUGAUAUACCAACAAGCAUUCGUGCACUUUCACCUAUUAUUUCACCACCUCGUCUUAAAAAUAGUUUGAGCGCGGAUCCAGGUACGAAGAUCCAAGAAUAUGUUGAAAGGCUAUCUCAAGAAGAAAAUACUGUCUUUGGUGCCACUUUGCGUCGCUUUAUUGAAUGCACUUUUGAAGCAGAAGAAUGUGACCCACAGGUGGUUAUUCGAAAUGUUCGUCAAUUCUUAAAUGGGCUAAAAAAUUAUUUGGUUAAACACGGAGAGGGUGAAUUGCAUGAUCUUAUUGAAAAAGAACGAAUACGUCUUAAUGCGAAUGAAUUUCUGAAUAUUGAUGCCAUCCUAGAAGCUGUUUUGCACAAAAUUGUUUUGUAUCCGGUAAAGCCUCAUCUUUAUCACUUGAUGAUACGUGAGUAUUCCAAAAAUGGUUGGCUUCAAGCACUUUCGGAAAAUCUUACUUACGUUCGCACAUUGUCUCCAGAGCAAUUAGGCUUUGGAGCUCGGUCUAAGUUUUCACCUCCUACAACGCAAAAAAUGGAAACCAUCAAAAUUUGCUUGCGAAAAAUGCAGCACCAUUAUUCCCCUUUGAAGAAAUUAGAAAACUUAUUGCGUGUGAUAUUUUUGGCGAUUGGCCGAAUGCAAAUCUGUGAUAACUCUAAUAAUGAUAUCGAAAACCAUGAUCCCGUCAGUACAGAAAGCAACAAGAUCAAAAUUUUACCACCUGCUGAUGAAUUAGUGCGGUGGUUGGUGUACUUGUUGGCACGUACGUCAGCAGUUGGUUGUGAAGUAGAGGCAUGGUAUAUGUGGGAACUACUUCCGAAGCAACUACUGACUACUGGUGAUUCAAGUUACUACCUCAUUGCCUUAUUUUCGGCUAUCGAUGUACUCAAAAAUACUGAAAGUAUUCGAAAAUUGGGACAGGUGGAUGAGUCAUCCCUUGCGGAAGAUGGAUCUUACUGUUCAUCGCUAGGCAGUGUAAGUCCGGUGCUUUCAUCCUCAUCGGAUGCUUUUGUCAAAGUAGCUGUGCCAGAUGAAUUGGAUGGAUCUAUUCGGUACCAUACAUUUCCUGGAGUGCCUCAAAUGACUGCUGGAAAGUUAUGUCGCGUUAUUGCACAUCAGUUUGGUAUUACAAAUCCUGAAGAUCAUGGAUUAUAUCUGCUUGUUGAUGAUUACGAGACUUGCCUUCUGGCUAACGAAUGUCCUGAUUUAAUUCGGCAUCAGCUGAGACAAGCUCGAAAGACAUAUCUCUUUGCAUACAAGCGACAUGAAGCAAAGAUUGUUUGGCCGAAGUUCUCACUGACAUCUAUUUCAUAG